AUGUCCAACAGUGGGCGCGAGAGCACUACAGUGCUCAUCCCAGAUCUCGAAACAACCUGCACUGCACCCUCGACCACCGUAACAAAGACAAUUACAAUUAAACCAAGCACCACAAAGACAGUAUCGAUAACCUCAUCUCGAACCAUUGUCAUUACAAAUAGAAGUAUCGCCACCAGAACCAUCACAACCACAAUUCCAACCGUCAAAGAAGAAACGGUAACAACAACAGAAACAUUCUUCACACAUGGCGAAACUACCAGCACUUCUACGAUCACCGAGACAGCACCUGUAUUUGAGACAUGCAAGGCGGCCCCAUCAGGUGGUGCAAAGCUCAGGAAGAGGCGUAUAUGUACUUCUAGCACACUCAGCCCUAGUUGCAGCUGCCACCUAACAGUCACAAAACGUUCGGGCAGAGCAACCGUGACAAAAACCAUCCGCCUCCCAACCUCCACCAAAUUCAUAACAAAAACAGUCUAUAAAACAACUACUACAAUCUCUUUCACCGGAUCCACAUACACCCAAACCGUCACCAUCCAAAGCGCCAUCUCAACUUUCACAACCACAGAGUCCGUCGCAACAACCUCCACAACCUCUACAUCAACCGAAAUCGCCGAAACCACCCAAAUAGCUCCCUACAGCCCAUGCGAAAAUCCUUACCUACUCACUGAGAUAUCAGCUGCCCGUCCCCAGGGUCUUACAUGGGACACCAACCCCGGUGAUUCCUUGUCAGACUGUUGUCGACAAUGCUAUCAUGGUAAAAACUGUGCAUAUUUUGCUAGGGCGGAGGAUGGCAUGCACAGUUUGGCUCGUUACGCCUGA